AAGGAUUUGGCACUAAAAUACAAAACAUUUAUGUACGAAUAUGCUAAAUUAGGACAUGUGAUCCCAGAAAACAACAAAAACAUAAAACAAGAAUGCUAUAUGCCUCAUCACGGUAUUUUACGUGAAGAAUCCUCAUCAUCAAGCUUAAGAGUCGUGUUCAAUGGGUCAGCUUCAACAUCUUCUAAAUGGAGUUUAAAUGACAUUAUGCAUAAAGGACCUAAUCUACAAAAGAAUUUACAGGUUCUCUUAUUACAAUGGAGACAGUUUCCGUAUGCAUUUACCGCUGACAUUGAGAAAAUGUAUCGACAAAUUUUAAUGAAUAGCGAUGAUCAACAACUUCAGAAAACCGUAUGGAGACAGUCACCAAAACAACCGAUACAGUCAUUCCAACUAACAACAGUCACUUACGGAACAAAAGCAGCACCCUUUCUAGCAAUGAUGACGUUAAAGCAACUGGAAUUAGAUGAAGAGACAAAUAUCCGGAAGCAGCAACAGUUUUAG